AUGGGGGAUUCUGAUUUAAUCAUUCGGCAAGCCCAAGGUGAAAAGGGAACUCGAGACAUCAAACUCAUCCCAUACAUGCAACAUGUGGAAGACCUCAGUAAACGGUUUAAGUCCAUUGAGUUCAAGUAUAUUCCCCGAUUCCACAAUGAGCUAGCAGAUGCACUAGCUACUUUUGCCUCAAUGCUGCCAUACCCGAGUAAUGUUCAUAUUGGCCCGCUGGAAAUUGAGGUUCGAGAAAGGCACAGUUAUUGUAAUGCGAUUGAAAUAGAGCCAUAUGUUGAGCCAUGGUAUCAUGAUAUCAAACGGUUCUUAAAAACAAGAGAAUAUCCCGAGUAG